AUGAAACUCUUCUCCCUCGUAGCCCCCUGUCUGCUGCUCUCCGGGCUAUCAUCUGCAACCAACCAUACCACCUGCUCCUACCCCUCCAAGGACACCAUCAAGUCCGUCUUCUCCCACAUCGUCUCCGGUGACUACCCAGCUUUCUUCACGCAUGUUGUCGACACCGUCGAUUGGGACAUCCAGGGCACCCACCCACUCGCAGGCCGGUACCUGAACAAAACCCUCUUUGCGGUUAACGCAUUGGCCCGGCUGUCCAAAAUCCAGGACAACACCGCUCCUCAUGAGACCACCCUGAUCAACGUUGUAGGCGGCUGCGACGAGGAGUGGAGCAUGCAAGAGAUGGUUGCCACCGCUGUUUUUCAGAAUGGCUUUCAUUGGACCAACAACUAUGCGUGGGUGACUCGGUGGAAUUCCGCUAGCAAGAUCGUCCAGGUGCGCGCGUAUCUGGACUCGGCGCUGGUGGGAAAGGCGAUCAAGGAGAACGAGGUCACUACGAACUCGACCUUUAGUACGAUGCGGGAUACUUAUGAGCCAGGGCCGGGGGGAAUACCGAAUAUGACGGCUAUUUUGGGGUAUGAAAUUUGA